UUCCGGACGGACUCAGCAGCUGUGACUCAACUCUUGGGGGUUUCGGAAACGCAGAGUAGACCCACUAUUUAGACACAAGCCCUGCUGCAGAAAUGCCCAAAAAGAAAACAGGAGCUCGGAAGAAGGCGGAAAGUCGGAAGGAAAGAGAGAAACAGAGCAGGGCUAAUCGGGAAAAUGUUGAUGUGGCUAAACACCCCUGUAACAUCAACAUGGAAUGUGACAAAUGUCAGAGGAAACAGAAGAACAGGGCUUUCUGCUAUUUCUGCUCCUCAGUGCAGAAGCUACCUGUAUGUGCUCAGUGUGGCAAAAUGAAGUGCAUGAAGUCAUCAGACUGUGUGAUCAAACAUCCUGGGAUACACACGACUGGAAUGGCCAUGGUGGGGGCAGUGUGUGAUUUCUGUGAAGCCUGGGUGUGCCACGGCAGGAAAUGUCUGAGCACUCACGCCUGUACCUGUCCUCUGACUGAUGCAGACUGCAUCGAGUGUGAACGGGGGGUGUGGGACCACGGUGGAAGGAUUUUCCGCUGCUCCUUCUGUCAAAACUUCUUGUGCGAGGAUGAUCAGUUUGAGCACCAGGCGAGCUGCCAAGUCCUUCAGGCAGAGACAUUCAAAUGUGUUUCGUGUAAUAGAUUGGGACAACACUCCUGCCUGCGCUGUAAGGCCUGUUACUGUGAUGACCAUGCCAAGAGUAAAGUCUUCAAGCAGGAGAAAGGCAAAGCUCCGCCCUGCCCCAAGUGUGGCCAUGAGACCCAGGAGACCAAAGACCUGAGCAUGUCCACUCGUACGCUGAAGUUUGGUCGCCAGAGCGGCGCUGACGAAGACGAUGGUUACUACGGCGGCGCAUCCAGUUAUGACUCAUACUGGAAGAAUGUGGCGUCCGGAGGCGGACAUCCAGAGGAUGACUAUGGAGAGGACAACGACGACUAUGAUGAAGAUGAGGAUGAGGAGGACGAGGAGGAGGAAGAGGACGAUGAGGAUGAAGAGGAGGAAGAAGAAGAGGAAACAGCUGCUGAAUCUUUGGCUGCUCUGAAAGUGGACGAAACCACAGCAUGAAUGUGGACAGAAUUUGCACAAUGUCAGCAUCCUGUAUGUGAGCGGAGGACGACCGCAGACUUCAGCUAAUGUGUUGGGUUUGUUUGGAAAUUGUGUAACUGUAUAAGUACUGAAAAUAUUCAGUACUGAUAAUUUUGUACCAAUACAAACAUGAUUCUUUAAUCUCAAUGGUAAAUAUUAACAGAAUAUAAAAUA